AUGAAGACAAACGAUAUGUGUAAAAGCCAGCCGAUAGAACAUGAAUUCGACGAACAUCAAACAGCGUCGACUUUUGCCCACUGUGCAUCUAUCGUUUCCCCCAUACCCCAGUUAGACGGCGAAGUAGCAGCAGAAGCUGCAAGACAAACUCCCAAAGAAUUCGAUGAUGCACCAAUAAUCGAUAUAGUACCAUCAGGUGGAUCACAGAAACGUAAUGCCUCAGACAAAUCAUUAUAA